UGAGUCCGCCCCCGGGGCUGCCAACGUGAGUCUCCAGGCUGACGCGGCCGCCUGGGCCAGAGCUAGCCGGACGAGCCACCUGCAGUGUUGGCUGGUGCUUUUAUUUGCUGGAGAGCGCUGUUCUCCCCCCGGGAGAAUCGGGGGGCGCGCAGGCACGCGCGCGCACACUCACACACGCACGCACACACAUCCACACAGGCUAGACGCUCGUUCUUCACUACUGCAUCCCCAAACCGGCAGAGCGAAGCUACUGCAGUUUCUCUGAACCUCAGCAUCGCGCGGCAAAGCAGAGCCAUUGUGCGUCAGGGAGAGCCCGGUGUCUGCGCUGCCACCUCGGAUCCCGAACCCAGCAGACCGUUCACUCCUUCGGCUGGAAUGCUUGCUGAUUCCUCUGCAGACUUCUAAGACUGCGACCCUGAGGAACCAGCUGGAGAAUGCCGUCUGAACGGUGCCUCAGUAUUCAAGAAAUGCUGACAGGCCAGAGGCUGUGCCACUCUGAAUCUCACAAUGAUAGCGUCCUGGCAGCACUGAAUCAGCAGAGAAGUGACGGCAUCCUCUGUGACGUCACCCUGAUUGCUGAGGAACAGAAAUUUCAUGCUCAUAAGGCUGUCCUAGCAGCAUGCAGCGACUAUUUCCGGGCUAUGUUCAGUCUUUGUAUGGUGGAAAGUGGAGCAGAUGAGGUGAAUUUACAUGGUGUGACCAGCCUUGGCUUAAAACAGGCUCUGGAAUUUGCAUAUACAGGACAGAUUUUGCUGGAGCCGGGCGUGAUCCAGGAUGUGUUAGCAGCUGGCAGUCACCUACAGCUGUUGGAGCUUCUCAAUUUAUGUUCCCACUAUCUCAUCCAGGAAUUAAAUAGCUUUAAUUACUUGGAUCUGUACAGACUUGCUGACCUCUUUAACCUCACUUUGUUGGAGAAGGCAGUGAUUGAUUUCUUAGUGAAACAUCUCUCUGAACUCCUCAAGAGCCGCCCAGAAGAUGUUCUAACACUUCCUUACUGCCUGCUUCAGGAAGUCCUAAAGAGUGACCGCCUGACUUCCCUGAGUGAAGAGCAAAUCUGGCAGCUAGCCGUGAGGUGGUUGGAACACAGCUGCCAUUACCAGUACAUGGAUGAGCUCCUGCAGUACAUCCGUUUCGGCCUAAUGGAUGUGGAUACUCUCCAUACGGUUGCUCUCUCCCACCCCCUUGUCCAAGCAAGUGAGACCGCAACAGCCCUUGUUAAUGAGGCCCUGGAAUACCACCAGAGCAUCUAUGCACAACCUGUCUGGCAGACUCGCAGGACCAAACCACGGUUCCAGUCAGACACUCUGUAUAUCAUUGGUGGGAAAAAGCGAGAGGUCUGCAAAGUCAAGGAACUACGUUACUUCAAUCCUGUUGAUCAGGAGAAUGCUCUCAUAGCCGCCAUUGCCAACUGGAGUGAGCUGGCUCCCAUGCCUGUGGGAAGGAGCCACCAUUGUGUGGCAGUCAUGGGUGACUUCCUUUUUGUAGCAGGAGGGGAAGUUGAGCAUGCCAGUGGCCGGACGUGCGCCGUGAGGACUGCCUGUCGCUAUGACCCUCGCAGUAACUCCUGGGCAGAGAUAGCAUCCAUGAAAAACUGUCGAGAGCAUUUCGUGCUGGGUGCCAUGGAUGAGUAUCUCUAUGCAGUUGGGGGCAGAAAUGAACUGCGCCAGGUUCUGCCUACAGUGGAGCGAUACUGCCCGAAAAAGAACAAGUGGACUUUCGUGCAGUCUUUUGACCGGUCCCUCUCAUGUCAUGCUGGAUAUGUGGCUGAUGGUCUUCUUUGGAUAUCAGGUGGAGUAACUAACACCGCACAGUAUCAGAACAGGCUAAUGGUAUAUGAACCUAACCAGAAUAAGUGGAUAAGCCGCAGCCCCAUGCUGCAAAGAAGGGUCUACCAUUCCAUGGCUGCUGUCCAAAGGAAGCUUUAUGUACUUGGAGGCAAUGACCUUGACUACAAUAAUGAUCGGAUCCUUGUGCGCCAUAUAGAUUCUUAUAACAUAGACACUGACCAGUGGACGCGUUGUAAUUUCAAUCUCUUGACAGGCCAAAACGAAUCUGGAGUUGCUGUUCAUAAUGGAAGAAUAUAUUUAGUUGGUGGAUAUUCAAUUUGGACAAAUGAGCCUCUGGCUUGUAUCCAGGUGCUGGAUGUAAGUAAAGAAGGCAAAGAAGAAGUAUUCUACGGGCCAACACUCCCCUUUGCUUCCAACGGAAUAGCAGCAUGCUUCCUUCCAGCUCCUUAUUUCACGUGUCCUAACCUUCAAACUCUUCAAGUGCCUCAUCAUAGGAUUGGCACGAUCUGAAAAGCGUGCUCUGUUGAUAACCAUCGUGAACUGGAGGAAAAACAAAACGCCUGACUUUUGGAUCCUGGGCAUGAAAAGACUUAGUGCUCAAUGCUUCCUUGUCUUGUUUUAUAGGUCUUUUAGUCAGAUAAAUAUUAGCAAAAAAUGAACAAUUUUCUAAAAUACAUUAUUAAAAACUCUUGUCACCCUUCUCAGUGUAUGUCAACAUACAAUACAAUAUGUAUGACUUUUAUUGUGGUGUAGUUUAGUGUCAACCAAACGUACAUUACUGUUCUAUGGCUCUUUACAGCAGUCUUUGUACUUUUUCUAAUCAGUGCUGUCUAGGAAAACAUGACAUUCUAAGUACUAGGCAAUUUAUUUCACACAAUGGCAUCAAUGAUCUAAAAAAAAAAUUCCAUACUUAAUCCUUUUACUACUCAAACCCAAGCUUGUAAUUUUUCUUUGUAAAAUUUAACAUUAUGCAGCCCUGCUCAGUAGAGACUCAGCAUUAUGACAUCAUAAAUUUUUAAAUGCCAUAUUUUAUUCAAGGUGAUACGAAUAAUGGAAGUACACUGAAAUAGCAGUUGGGAUACCCAGGUUUUUUUGCCUUGGUUACUGUGACCUUGGGUCAGAACCUUAACUUUAUAUAGUGCUUCAGUUUUCCCACAGUUUAAGGGAGAAAAUUAGAGAUAAUUACUGAUUUCCAUAUUAAUUCAAAAAAAUGUUGUGAGGAUUAGGCAACCAUUCUGGAGCACUUUAGUUAAGGAGAAAGUGUUAAUCACAUUACAAAGUAUUUUACUGUCUUUAGAACCCUGUAACUGCACAGGGAAAUUAUAUUUGAAGUUUAAAAACUACUAGAUAGAACUUGGAAAACAUGCUAUAGAAUAAAUGAUUCUGAAAAACAUGUGAAAGAAACACUAAUUAGAAAAAUGAAAAGUUAGCAAAACCAAAGAGAUCUAAAUUUGUACAGAUCCUUGUACCAAAUAACCCUUUUAAACACUUCAUUUAAAAAAUCACUUAGUUAAAAAUGACAUUUUAAAGCUAAAAAAAAAAACUAGUUGUACUAAUUAUGGUACCAUAAAGAGCUUUGACAUAAAUUUGAACCUAGAAUUGGCAGUUCUAAUAAAAGUUUUUCCAUUUUGUUAAAGGUUAUGUCAAUCUUAAGCACUUGUGGGAUUCUUCGCCACCAUCAAUACAUAUUUUAUUACACUUUUAAUAAUGCAUAAGGAUUCUUUUUUUAGGCUAGGUUUUUGGCUUUGCUUUGUCUACAAUAAAAAAAAAACAACUUAAUAAUCACAUUGCAACAUAAAUUCAACAAGUAUAAGGUGAGAUUUUUCCUUUUGUCAUCAUCUCACUAGGACGUAGGUCAAAUUUAUUAAAAGGAAGACUUGAUUCUGACUUUUUUUCUCUUGGCAGUUUAAUCAUUCAGCAAUCCUUUUCUUAUAGGAAAUUAUCAUUUUAUUCAUGUAACCAUUUUUAAUAAUCAAAAGUGAAUAAAAGAUCUUUUAUCUUGAAUACAGAAUUCACUAGCUUUAUACCUAAAAGAUUAUUUUAAAAAUCUUAUGACUUCUGGCUAUUUAAACGGUAGAAAGAGAGAGUAGGGGUAUGGAAAAAAAGGUAAAUUUUUAAAAGAACGUGAAUUUAGUUUAGACAACAAAACCUUAAGACUAUUUGGACAGUUCUGAACAGUGGUAACUGAUACUGAUAUUUAGAAUGAUGACAACAGCUUCUUUAAAACGUAUAAGCCAUCUAAGCUACAUUUUAAAAACAUCUUACCAUGUCAGGAAAAUGGACUCUAGAAAGAAAUAUUUCAGCUAUACUAAGUUUUCUACUUGGCACGUGAUUUUUCCCUCUAGCAGUUUUACUUUAUAAAACCAUUAAAAUCUAUUUUAUUCCUAGACCCUACAUCCAAUGAUUGAAAGGGAAAUAGUCUAAAAAUAAAUUUGCCUGCCUGAUAAUGGAAGAGCAGCCUGAGACUACUCCUGAUUAUUUCUGUAUAAAUUUCUAACUGUUCAUACAAAGCAAAUCAGUGCAUAUUAUCAAGCCCCUCCUUAGUAAUCUUUAUAAUGUAUUAUUCACUAAUAUUACAGAACUGAACUCUGCAUUUUAAAAAGUGUUGCAUAGUUUGGACAUAGCAUUUACAGCUAUAGCCAAAGAGUAAAAUCAAAACACAAUGUUUCUUUCCUAAAAAGAAAAAAAAAAAAAAAAAAAACUCCAAAUCACCUUCAAUUAGAUUUUUUUCCUCAACAUUGCCAGUAAUAAAGAAAAAUUCAGUAAAACUAUAUUUGAUCAUAUAAGCCAAAUUCCAGUCAUUAUUCAAAUACAUACUUUCUAUUUAAGUGAACUAUCAAUUAACCUUAUACUUUUACUCAAAAUAAAAGACCAUAUCAUAUUUGUUUAAAAAUUAUUAUACUAAUGAGAUUUUUCUGUAUUAAGACCAUACAACAUUCAUUUACUAAUCACUCCAAGAUUUUCUUUAAAAAGUCAGAAAAGAGUCCAGCAGCAGGCGCUGUGGUGGUUGAGGUGCUGAA